AUGGAGACGCAGCCAGCUUCGAUGUCGACCUCGACUCCCGUCGCGGACAAGGAGAAGGAGAAAGAGCCGGUCGUGGUUCUCGUUAUUGGAAUGGCUGGGUCGGGCAAAACAACCCUCAUGCAGCGCCUCAAUUCGUACCUCCACAGCAAGGACAAGCCACCCUACAUCCUCAACCUCGACCCCGCUGUCAGCCAUAUGCCCUACGCGGCAAACAUUGACAUCCGCGACACGGUCGACUAUAAGGAGGUCAUGAAGCAGUACAAUCUCGGCCCUAACGGUGGUAUCAUGACGGCCUUGAACCUCUUCACCACCAAGUUUGACCAGGUGCUGGGCUUUGUCGAGAAGCGUGCACAGACGGUAGACUACGUGCUCGUCGACACUCCGGGCCAGAUUGAGAUCUUUACGUGGUCCGCUUCGGGUGCUAUUAUCACGGACGCGAUUGCUUCGAGUCUUCCGACUUGUGUGGCGUAUGUUAUUGACACGCCGCGUACGACGUCGCCAGCGACGUUUAUGAGCAACAUGCUGUAUGCGUGCUCGAUCCUCUACAAAACCCGUCUCCCAUUCAUCCUUGUGUUCAACAAGAUCGACGUUGAGCCGCACGACUUUGCGAUCGACUGGAUGAAGGACUUUGAGGCGUUCCAGGCCGCACUUGAGGAGCGUGGCCGAGACGAGAACGGCGAGAGCUACAUGAACUCUCUCAUGGGGAGCAUGUGCCUCGUGCUCGAGGAGUUCUACAACAACCUCCGUGCGGUGGGCGUGAGCGCAAUGACCGGCGCAGGGAUGAAGGAGUUCUUCAAUGCUGUCGAGGAGUGCCGGCAGGAGUAUCUCAAGGACUAUCGACCUGAGUUGGAGCGUCUCAAGGCAGAAAAGGAGGAGAAGGCCUCGGCAGCAAAGGCGGCGCACAUGGAGCGCAUGAUGCGCGACAUGGGCAUGGACCAGGCCGCAGCACGCAAGGCCAACCCCUUCGGGCCACACGCGCGCAACGACCGCGAGGACGCGUACCUCGACCACCACGGGGACCACGGGGACUCGGAGGACGAGGCGAUCGAGGAGCAGCGCGAGAUGGAGGAGGAGGCGGACGCCGCGCCCGAGCUGAGCAGGGCUGACGUUCCCCCUCUCGAGUUUGGAGGCCGGGACGCCGACGUGUCCUUCCCUGCCCCGCGGUAA